AUGGAAGACCCAAUUUCAUCUUCAUCUUCAUCUUCAAUUACAUCAUCACCAAUUACUGAUCCUCCUUCACAUCCACAUCAAAUCGACAGAAAUAAUAAUCUACUAUGUGCCGAGUCAUUUAGUCAAAUUAUCAAGAAAGAAGAAGCUGUUGUUACUGUCUCUAAUGCUUGUUCAACUAAUUCCACUGUCUUGGCUUUGAAUUUUGAACGUAAAAGACUACGCAGUCUUAGUAUUGAUGAACAAAAAGAAAAAGAAGAGAGUGGAAAUCAAGAAAACAACAAUGGAGAAGAAGCAAAGGAUGAACUAUAUGACGAGUCAUUCUGUGAAAUUGUGAAGAAAGAAGUUGUUACUAUCUCUGAUUCUUGUUCAACUAAUUGCACCGUCUUCGCAUUGGAUGAACGUAAAAGUCUAAGCAGUCCUAGUACUGAUGAAGGAACUGUAAUAGACAAAGGGCAAAAAGAGCAUGAUAGACAGAAUGGAAAUCAAGAAUCUGAACUAGAUGAACAAAAAGAGAAUGAAGGACGAAAAGAAGAGUUUGGAAAUCAUGAAAACAGCAAUGGAGAAGAAGAAGAUGAAACCGAAGAAACAGAGGAAGAAGAAACAGGGGAAAGUGAAAAUCAUGAAGAAUCAGAACAAAAUGAUCAAAGUGGAAAUCAAGAAUCAGAACAAAAUGAUCAAAGUGGUAAUCAAGAUGAUGAUGAUGAUGAUGAUGAUGAUGAUGAUGAUGAUGGCGAAGAAGAGAACAGAGGAACUGAUGAAAAUCAAGAAGAAAAUGAAGACGACGACUACGAAGAAGAAGAUGAUCAUCAUUUGGAUUUGGCGAUUUUAGAGUCCAUCUAUGAAUACAAGUGUGAAAAUACAAGUGGCGAUUUCCGAAAUCCACACUCCGAAAAUCUAUACCUCCACAUCCAGAAUGCAAUUCCAAGCUUAAAGAUCCCCCAAUUGAAAGUGGUGGAAAAGAUCGUAUCAUUUCAGGAAAAGUUCAAUCGUCUUAGGGAAACGGAAACAGAUAAUUUCGACCAACCCAUUGAUGAAGAAAUCUUCAACUGGUGUAAGCAAAUAUGGGGUGAUUCUGAACGUAAAAGAAGACGUAGUCCUAGUACUGAUGACAGUGGAAAUCAGACAGUUUUGUAA